UAGUGCCUCCUCCUCCCUAGUGACACCUCCUCCCUAGUACCACCUCCUCCCUAGUGCCACCUCCUCCCUAGUGCCACCUCCUCCCUAGUGCCACCUCCUCCCUAGUGCCACCUCCUCCCUAGUGCCACCUCCUCCCUAGUGCCACCUCCUCCCUAGUGCCACCUCCUCCCUAGUGCCACCUCCUCCCUAGUGACACCUCCUCCCUAGUGCCACCUCCUCCCUAGUGCCUCCUCCUCCCUAGUGCCUCCUCCUCCCUAGUGCCAUCUCCUUCCUAGUGCCUCCUCCUCCCUAGUGACACCUCCUCCCUAGUACCACCUCCUCCCUUGUGCCACCUCCUCCCUAGUGACACCUCCUCCCUAGUGCCACCUCCUCCCUAGUACCACCUCCUCCCUAGUGCCAACUCCUCCCUAGUGCCACCUCCUCCCUAGUGCCACCUCCUCCCUAGUAACACCUCCUCCCUAGUGCCACCUCCUCCCUGGUGCCACCUCCUCCCUAGUGACACCUCCUCCCUAGUGCAACCUCCUCCCUAGUGCCUCCUCCUCCCUAGUGCCUCCUCCUCCCUAGUGCCAUCUCCUCCCUAGUGCCUCCUCCUCCCUAGUGACACCUCCUCCCUAGUACCACCUCCUCCCUAGUGCAACCUCCUCCCUAGUGCCUCCUCCUCCCUAGUGCCUCCUCCUCCCUAGUGCCAUCUCCUCCCUAGUGCCUCCUCCUCCCUAGUGACACCUCCUCCCUAGUACCACCUCCUCCCUAGUGCCACCUCCUCCCUAGUGACACCUCCUCCCUAGUGCCACCACCUCCCUAGUACCACCUCCUCCCUAGUGGACACCUCCUCCCUAGUGCAACCUCCUCCCUAGUGACCUCCUCCUCCCUAGUGCCAUCUCCUCCCUAGUGCCUCCUCCUCCCUAGUAACACCUCCUCCCUAGUACCACCUCCUCCCUAGUGACACCUCCUCCCUAGUACCACCUCCUCCCUAGUGCCACCUCCUCCCUAGUGACACCUCCUCCCUAGUGCCACCUCCUCCCUAGUGACACCUCCUCCCUAGUGCCUCCUCCUCCCUAGUGACACCUCCUCCCUAGUGCUACCUCCUCCCUGGUGCCACCUCCUCCCUAGUGCCACCUCCUCCCUAGUGCCACCUCCUCCCUAGUGCCACCUCCUCCCUGUGCCACCUCCUCCCUGGUGCCAACUCCUCCCUGGUGCCACCUCCUCCCUAGUGCCACCUCCUCCCUAGUGCCACCUCCUCCCUAGUGCCACCUCCUCCCUAGUGCCACCUCCUCCCUAGUGCCACCUCCUCCCUAGUGACACCUCCUCCCUAGUGCCAUCUCCUCCCUAAUGCCACUUCCUCCCUAGUGACACCUCCUCCCUAGUGCCACCUCCUCCCUAGUGCCACCUCCUCCCUAGUGCCACCUCAUAGCUAGUGCCACUUCCUCCCUAGUGAAACAUAUUGGGAUUCCAGAGUGGGACAAGGAGAGAUUGAACAUUUCCGUGAAGACUCUCGCCGGCUGGUCUUUUCCUGCUCUGAGAACGUCCCCUGGUAUUCUGUCUGGCCCGUCAGCCUUGAGAGUGUUAACCUGGUUAAACGUCACAUUGGCCAUGGAGUCACUUCCUACAACCAUGUACUGUGUGUUAUGGGAAACAUGUGACAUAUGGGCUGAACUACAGCCAUGUACUGUGUGUUAUGGGAAACAUGUGACAUAUGGGCUGAACUACAACCAUGUACUGUGUGUUAUGGGAAACAUGUGACAUAUGGGCUGAACUACAGCCAUGUACUGUGUUUUAUAGGAAACAUGUGACAUAUGGGCUGAACUACAACCAUGUACUGUGUGUUAUGGGAAACAUGUGACAUAUGGGCUGAACUACAGCCAUGUACUGUGUGUUAUGGGAAACAUGUGACAUAUGGGCUGAACUACAACCAUGUACUGUGUGUUAUGGGAAACAUGUGACAUAUGGGCUGAACUACAACCAUGUACUGUGUGUUAUGGGAAACAUGUGACAUAUGGGCUGAACUACAACCAUGUACUGUGUGUUAUGGGAAACAUGUGACAUAUGGGCUGAACUACAACCAUGUACUGUGUGUUAUGGGAAACAUGUGACAUAUGGGCUGAACUACAACCAUGUACUGUGUGUUAUGGGAAACAUGUGACAUAUGGGCUGAACUACAACCAUGUACUGUGUGUUAUGGGAAACAUGUGACAUAUGGGCUGAACUACAACCAUGUACUGUGUGUUAUGGGAAACAUGUGACAUAUGGGCUGGUUGGUCCUGGUUGUCCUCCUCUCCCGCCUGUUAAUGUCCUUCAGAGUUGUUCUCUUGAUGUCCUGAUUCUGCAGAGCUGGUCCUGGUAGUUAUCUGCAUGUUUUAGAUCAUUUAUCUCACUGAUUUAUGACUCUGUAAAUCCGACCUCUCUCUCUCUCUGUUAGUUCCUCAGCCAAAGUGCCAAUGGAGGAAUAAUGUGAUGUAGACGAACAACAGACUAGGAUUGUAACAUUGCUAUUUUUGUAAGUAACGCUAAUAGUUAUUCCAUCGUGUGUGUGAGUGCAUGUGAUUGUGUUCCCGCACAUGUGUAUUUAUGUGUGUGCAUGAUCGCGUGUGUGUGUGUGUGUUUGUGUGCAUGAUUGUGUGUUUAUGUGCAUGAUUGUGUGCAUGUGUGUGCACAAAUGUGUUGGUGUGUACUUGUGGGCUCGUGUGAGUCUUACGACAGACAACAAAGUGUACCAAAGUUCAAUGAAAGCACAAUAAAAACUCCAUUGAGUGUAAUAGAAUGUCCAACAAAUUCCAAUGUUUUCUCUGGGAUGCCAAGCCUGAGCGCCCAGUAGUGCCUUGGUAACUGCCUAACCCUACCCAACACCACCCAACACCACCCAACACCCACCCACCACCCAACAUCCCCCCAAACACCAACCCAAACCUACCACCACCAACCCCAACACCAACCCCAACACACCACCCAACACCACCCCAACCCAAACACCACCCCAACACCACCCAACCAACACCACCCAACACCAACCUACCCAACACCAACCCAACACCACCCGAACCCCGACCCAACUACCACGCCAACCCAACACCACCCAACACCACCCCAGACAUCCACCCAACCACCACCCUACCCAACACCACCCCAACACCACCCCAACAGCCACCCAACGCCAACACCACCCAACACCACCCAACACCACCCAACCAAAACCACCAGACCAUCCAAAAACCACCCAACACCAUCCAACCCACCCCCCCACCCAUCCCUUACCAACACCACCCAACACCACCCAACCAGCCACCAACACCAACCACCAACACCACCCAACACACCACCCAACACCACCAACACCACCCAACCCAACACCACCCAACACCACCCAACACCACCCAAACCACCCAACACCACCCAACACCACCCAACCACCCACCCACCCCACACCACCCAACACCACCCAACACCACCCAACCACCCAACCCUACCCACCCACACCACCCAACACCCACACCACCCAACCCAACACCACCCAACACCACCCAACACCACCCAACACCACCCACCCUACCCAAACCCACCCAAUACCACCCAACACCAUCCAACACCACCCCCAACCCUACCCAACACCACCCAACACCACCCAACACCACCCACCAGAUAUUCCACACAGUGUGAUGUUGCCUCAGAUCACUCUUUUAAUGCCAAAUUCAACCUGCGCCCCAAAUGGCAUCCUAUUCCUUAUUUAGUGCACUACUUUUGACCAGGGCCUAUUAAAACAGCCACAAGCGAUCAUUCACUCCUGACCAAUUAUCCCAAAUGGCUCCCUGUUUCACACAGGGCUCUGGUCAAAACUAGUGCACUGUUUAGGGAAUAAGGUGCUAUUUGGGACCAGAGUAUAUGAGUGGAGUCGGAGUGGUCUGAAACCGCCCCGCCACUCCAUGUCCUUUCCAACCGCUCUCCUAAAAACCACUCCUGCUCACAGGAAGAAAAAAAAACUGCUGCUCCAAAUUUGCUCCGUUUAUAACCACCAUUUAACCAACACCCAUCUAUUGUUGUGACUACCUGGACCUACCAUUUGGUUUUGAAGUAUUGAAACCAAACCAUAUGAUUUGAAUGAAAAGUAUUUUAUUAAACAAUGUGAAUAGGUGACUGUAUGAAGCACUCAUAAUUUCAAAUAGGCUACAUGUCGUAUUAAACAGCAUAUAAACACUCUGAAUGGGUCAGGAGCCAGACUUUGGAGUACUUUCAAUGAAAUUAUGGGCAGAAAGACAAAUUCAACUCCAUUUCAUUGAAUCAGAUGGCUUAUUCAUCACAAAACCAUUUGAUGUUGCCAAUUAUUUUAAUGAUUACUUCAUUGGCAAAGUGGGCAAACUUAGGCAUGAAAAUGGCAACAAUGAACAGUGAGCCAUCGUACUUACGUAUAAACAAACAAAUAAUGAAAGAAAAGCAUUGCAAGGUUGAAUUUUGUGAAGUUAGUGUGGAGGUGGAAAAAUGAUUGUUAUCGAUCAAUAAUCACAAACCUCCUGGCAUUGACAACUUAGAUGGAAAACUACUGAGGAUGGUAGCUGCCUCUAUAGCCACUCCUAUCUGUCAUAUCUUUAAUCUGAGCCUAGAGGAAAGUCUUUGUCCUCAGGCCUGGAGGGAAGCCAAAGUCAUUCCGCUACCCAAGAGUGGUAAAGCAGCCUUUUUAUUGGUUCUAACAGCAGACCUAUCAGCUUGCUGCCAGCUCUUAGCAAACUGUUGGAAAAAAUGGUGUUUGACCAAAUACAAUGCUACUUCUCUGUAAACAAAUUAUAAACAGACUUUAGGCACGCUUAUAGAGAAGGGCACUCAACAUUUACUGCACUAACACAAAUGACUGAUGAUUGGUUGAAAGAAAUUGAAAAUAAAAUGAUUGUGGGAGCUGUACUGUUAGAUUUCAGUGCAGCCUUUGAUAUAAUUGACCAUAACCUGUUGUUGAGAAAACUUAUGUGUUAUUGCUUUUCAACCUCUGUCAUAUCGUGGAUUCUGAGCAAUCUAUGUAUUAGGUUUUCUUUAAUGGAAGCUUCUCAAACAUGUAAAGUGUGGUGUACCACAGGGCAGCUCUCUAGGCCCUCUAAUCUUUUCUAUUUUUACCAAUGACACGCCACUGGCAUUAAACAAAGCAUGUGUGUCCAUGUAUGCUGCUGAUUCAACCAUACACGCAUCAGCAACCACAGCUAAUGAAGUCACUGAAACCCUUAACAAAGAGUUGGAGUCUGUUUUGGAAUGGGUGGCCACUAAUAAACUGGUCCUGAACAUCUCUAAAACUAAGAACAUUGUAUUUGGUACAAAUCAUUCCCUAAGUUCUAGAUCUCAGCUGAAUCUGGCAAUGCAUGGUGUGGCUGUUGAACAAGUUGAAGAGAGUAAAAUACUUGGGUUUACUUUAAAUUGUAAACUAUCAUGGUUAAAACAUAUAGAUUCAAUGGGUUGUAAAGAUGGGAAGAGGUAUGUCCGUAAUAAAGAGAUGCUCUGCUUUUUUGACACCACACUCCACAAAGCAAGGUCUGCAGGCUCUAGUUUUAUCUUAUCUUGAUUAUUGUUCAGUCGUGUGGUCAAGUGCUGCAAAGGAGGACCUAGUUAAGCUGCAGCUGGCCCAGAACAGAGCGGCACGUCUUGCUCUUCAUUGUAAUCAGAGAGAUAAUAUGAAUAGUAUGCAUGCCAGUCUCUCUUGGCUAAGAGUUGAGGAGAGACUGACUUCUUCUUUUUAUUAGAAACAUAUGUUGGAAAUUCCUGGUUGUUUGCAUAGUCAACUUACACACAGCACUGACACACACACUUACCCCACCAGACAUGCCACCAGGGUUUUUUUUCUCAGUCCCCAGGUCAAGAACAAAUUCAAGGAAAAGUACAGUAUUAUACAGAGCCAUGAGUGCAUGGAACUCCCUUCCAUCUUAUAUAGAGCAAGUGAACAGCAAAUCUGGUUUAAAAAAACAAAUAAAGCAACACUUCAUGGCACAACCCCUCUUCCCCAUGUGACCUACUUGUUGUGUGUAUGUACCGACAUGUAUGUGUAACUGACAGAUGCACACACACUACAUAUUAAUGUUUUAAAUGUAUGUGAAUUGUACAUUAUUUUGUCUGUAACGUAUUUUCUGUUAUAUGUCGGACCCCAGUAAGACUGGACGUCGCCAUUGGCGUCGGCUAAUGGGGAUCCUAAUAAAUCAAAUAAAUCAAAAUGCUUUCGGGAUACGUGUCUUUUCAGAUUCCACGAUGAUUCUUUAGUUGUGGACGCUACAUCACCACACUCCCUCUCUUGCUCUUGGUCCUCAUCUUUGUAAGUCACCUUGAUUUAGCACCUGUGUGCUUUAUCAGUUUCUUUAUGAAAAUAUUUAGCGAACUCCAUGACAGUAGCUAAAGCAAGGGAUAGCAGCACACAAGUAGCCUACAAAUGCAUGCUGGGCAUGCCCUGAGCUUGUGAAGUGAAGUGAGCUGAGCAGUAGCGCAGCGAAAUUGGAGCGGGGCGAGAAUGCCGACGCUCCAGCCUUUGGGAAACUUACUCCACGCUCCGCUCCUCGCUCCAGCUUUGCUCCUCGCUCCAGCUCCGCUCCUCGCUCCAGCUCCGCUCCUCGCUCCAGCUCCGCUCCUCGCUACAGAUCCGCUCCUCGCUCCAGCUCCGCUCCCCGUUCACAUACUCUGUUUGGGAUGCCCCCUCAGAAAAAAAACUUCAGAACCCUCCACGGCUGCUGCUUGAUGACUACCUGAUACGCUCCAUUAUCACUGGGGCUGCCUGGCUUACUGCUCUGGUUGAUACGCUCCAUUAUCACUGGGGCUGCCUGGCUUACUGCUCUGGUUGAUACGAUCCAUUAUCACUGGGGCUGCCUGGCUUACUGCACUGGUUGAUACGCUCCAUUAUCACUGGGGCUGCCUGGCUUACUGCUCUGGUUGAUACGCUCCAUUAUCACUGGGGCUGCCUGGCUUACUGCACUGGUUGAUACGCUCCAUUAUCACUGGGGCUGCCUGGCUUACUGCUCUGGUUGAUACGCUCCAUUAUCACUGGGGCUGCCUGGCUUACUGCUCUGGUUGAUACGCUCCAUUAUCACUGGGGCUGCCUGGCUUACUGCUCUGGUUGAUACGCUCCAUUAUCACUGGGGCUGCCUGGCUUACUGCUCUGGUUGAUACGCUCCAUUAUCACUGGGGCUGCCUGGCUUACUGCUCUGGUUGAUACGCUCCAUUAUCACUGGGGCUGCCUGGCUUACUGCUCUGGUUGAUACGCUCCAUUAUCACUGGGGCUGCCUGGGUUACUGCUCUGGUUGAUAAGCUCCAUUAUCUCUGGGGCUGCCUGGGUUACUGCUCUGGUUGAUAAGCUCCAUUAUCACUGGGGCUGCCUGGCUUACUGCUCUGGUUGAUACGCUCCAUUAUCACUGGGGCUGCCUGGCUUACUGCUCUGGUUGAUACGCUCCAUUAUCACUGGGGCUGCCUGGGUUACUGCUCUGGUUGAUACGCUCCAUUAUCACUGGGGCUGCCUGGCUUACUGCUCUGGUUGAUACGCUCCAUUAUCACUGGGGCUGCCUGGGUUACUGCUCUGGUUGAUACGCUCCAUUAUCACUGGGGCUGCCUGGCUUACUGCUCUGGUUGAUACGCUCCAUUAUCACUGGGGCUGCCUGGCUUACUGCUCUGGUUGAUACGCUCCAUUAUCACUGGGGCUGCCUGGCUUACUGCUCUGGUUGAUACGCUCCAUUAUCACUGGGGCUGCCUGGCUAACUGCUCUGGUUGAUACGCUCCAUUAUCACUGGGGCUGCCUGGCUUACUGCUCUGGUUGAUACGCUCCAUUAUCACUGGGGCUGCCUGGCUUACUGCUCUGGUUGAUACGCUCCAUUAUCACUGGGGCUGCCUGGCUUACUGCUCUGGUUGAUACGUUCCAUUAUCACUGGGGCUGCCUGGCUUACUGCUCUGGUUGAUACGCUCCAUUAUCACUGGGGCUGCCUGGCUUUCUGCUCUGGCACAGCAACAUGGUCUCAGGGCAAUUCAUAUUAUUGUGUACGUAAAUCUGUGACCCUGCAUUUAGUACGAUACAUUAUGUUAUGUUGGAUUACAUUAUGGACGGAAUAAUGGUAGAACAAUAUCAUACGAAUUAUAGGACGUAUAGUAUCAUACAUCUUACCCGGUCGUACAAUAGCAUACGAAUUGGAUGACGUAUGGCUCUGGGGCCAUACUGGGUAGAGAGAGACAGAGGUCCCCCAGCCCAGCCAGCAGAGACUGGGGCUCUGAGGCCAUACUGGGUAGAGAGAGACAGAGGUCCCCCAGCCCAGCCAGCAGAGACUGGGGCUCUGAGGCCAUACUGGGUAGAGAGAGACAGAGGUCCCCCAGCCCAGCCAGCAGAGACUGGGGCUCUGAGGCCAUACUGGGUAGAGAGAGACAGAGGUCCCCCAGCCCAGCCAGCAGAGACCGGGGCUCUGAGGCCAUACUGGGUAGAGAGAGACAGAGGUCCCCCAGCCCAGCCAGCAGAGACCGGGGCUCUGUCCCAGAUGUUCAUUGUAUCACUCGCUCUUAAAUUUGUAGAUCCUGCAUGCUGGGAGGUGAUAGUGAAUCCUCUUGAAUUUGUAGAUUUGUAUUUGUAUUUGUAUUUAUUAGGGAUCCCCAUUAGCUGCUGCCAAGGCAGCAGCUACUCUUCCUGGGGUCCAAACAUAUUAAAGCAUUUACAUUACAUAUAAAACAAAAUAUAAAACAGUACAUCAUAUGACAUUAUUACACCACUACCUAUCUACAAUACAAAAUGCAUGUGUCUAUACCCUUGUGUGUAUCUCUUCACAGUCCCCGUUGUUCCAUAAGGUGAUGUGGACUAUAGUUCCAUGUAGUCAUGGCUCUAUGUAGUACUGUACGCCUCCCAUAGUCUGUUCUGGACUUGGGGAGUGUGAAGAGACCUCUGGUGGCAUUUCUUGUGUGGUAUGCAUGGGUGUCCGAGCUGUGUGCCGGUAUUCCAAACAGACAGCUCGGUACAUUCAGCUUGAUCCUGCAUGCUGGGAGGUGAUAGUGAAUCCUCUUGAAUUUGUAGAUCCUGCAUGCUGGGAGGCGAUAGUGAAUCCUCUUGAAUUUGUAGAUCCUGCAUGCUGGGAGGUGAUAGUGAAUCCUCUUGAAUUUGUAGAUCCUGCAUGCUGGGGGGUGAUAGUGAAUCCUCUUGAAUUUGUAGAUCCUGCAUGCUGGGGGGUGAUAGUGAAUCCUCUUGAAUUUGUAGAUCCUGCAUGCUGGGGGGUGAUAGUGAAUCCUCUUGUCAGAGAGUAUGAAGAGCAGGAAGAGAUGAGAGAAGUUGGAGAGAAUGCAGAGAGGAAGUAGGCCCUUGAGAUGAAGAGGAUGGAAUCUAGAGGGCUCUCUUUACAAGAUGACCCUGGGGAGGGAGGGAGGGAGGGAGGGAGGGACAGAGAGGCGGAGAGGCAGGGAGACAGAGACAGAGGAAAGAGAGACAGAGAGAAAGAGACAGAGGGAAAGAGAUAAAGAGAGAGCGAGAGAGAGAGAGAGAGAGAGAGGCAAGCGAGAGACAGAGAGAGGGAGGGAAAGAGAGAGAGAGAGACAGAUUGUAAGAGAGAGAGAGAGAGAGAGAGAGCGAGAGUGAGAGCGUGAGCGAGAGCGUGAGCGAGAGCGUGAGCGAGAGCGAGAGAGAGAGAGAGGGAAAGAGAGAGAGAGAGGGAAAGAGAGAGACAGAGAGAGGGAGGGAAAGAGAGAGACAGAGACAGAGGGUAAGAGAGUGUGUGUUUGCUGUGAGUAAAUGAGUAGCUGGUCUCCAGAACUGGCAUCAUCUCUUCUCUCCUCUUCUCCUCUUAUCUCAGUACGGAUUAGAAAAGUCAGAGCAGGCCUUGUGUUUAGACAUGGACAUGCUGUUGGCCCUCAGGCCCAGACACACAUCUACAUAACCAUGACCCUGGGCUGUGUCCCGAAUGGCACCCUAGCCUGACGGCAUCUGGUCAAAUGUAGUGCACUAUAUUAUAGGGAAUAGGGUGCUGUUUGGUACGCAUCCCUGGUCUCCUUGUUAGUGAGAAGCUACACGUGUUGCUGACUGGCCUCACAGGCUGCUGUUGUCCAACACAAACACAUCGUAUGCAUCCCAAAUGGCACCCCUAUUCCCUGUAUAGUGCACUACUUUUGAUGAGAGCCCUAUGGGCCCUGAUACAAAGUAGUGCACUAGGUAGACAAUAGGGUGCUAUUUGGAACACAGACGUAGAUAAUAUAACAUACGUGUGGGUGAAGAGGCGAUGGGGAGGGAAGGUGAAGAGGUUAAGCAGGAGGGUUUAGGUCACGAGGGAAUUGUUAUCCUUGACCAUAGAUAAGAUCUCUGAACUUUAGAACAACAACGCUAAUCGCUAACAAGCCACGGAGCUAACUCUAAGGCUUCAUUCCAAAUGGCACCCUGUUCCCUAUACAGUGCACUAAUUUUGACCCGAGCCCUAUGAACCCUAUUGGGGCCCUGGUCAAAAGUAGUGCACUAAAUAGGGAAUAGGGUGCCAUUUUGGGACACAGCCAAUAUCUUUGAACCUGGAACAACAACGCUAAUCGCUAACGAGCCGCAGAGCUAACUGUACGUUUAGUUGGCCGUGGAGUAGCGUGAUUCAGGGCCCAGCAUGCCUUGCCAAGUUCACUUCUAAAGCAUCAGAAGCCAGAUAAGUGGGAAACACCCACACAUCGAGGUGCAGAGCUCCAAAUAACUUCAUGCUUCCUCCUCAAUUAAUAGCUUCCAGUAACCUAAGAACCCACCAGGAACGUUUAAAAAAAAAAAGUCAACCGACUUUAUCGUAACUUUCAUGGCUACACGGAUUAGUGGGAUAGAACAUCUGGAACAGAGGAGAAAGUUGCACGUGCUGUUUAUUUAGCUAACAUAUCAGCCUCACAGCCUUCAUUAAAGGAUGGCGUUCUGAUCUGCAGUGGCAGACUAUGCCGUUUACAUGGAUGGUAACAUGUAGUCUGAGGGCUUUUAUUAGUUAUCAGCUAAGCCAAACAAGUCACCAUAGCUGGUUCCAUAGCUUUGAGUAGUCUUGGUAGCUUUUCCUAGUAGCUAGCUUUGGUGAGAUGAUCAAAAAGCUUUUCUAGCUAAAAAGGGAAUAGAUGAGAUAGAAAUGGGGGAAGAAGGGGAAGAAUAGAGAGAGGGAUGGAGAAGAGAGUUUAAGGUAGAGAAGAUUUUGACGAUAGAAAAAUUCUUCCUCUCUCUCAAUUUUCCUCUUUUCUCCUCUCCCUCGAUGUUCCCCCUCCUCUUCUCCUUUAACCCCGUUUUUUCCCCCUUCCCCUGUUUUUCCCCCCUUUUUCUCUCCUUCUCCCCCCCUCCUCCUCUCUUUUCUCCCCUCUCUCUUUUUCCCUCUUUCUCUUCUCCCCUUCUCUCUCUCUCUCUUCCCCUCUCUCUUUUUCCCCCCCUUUUUUCCUACCCCGGGUCCCCCCUUUUUCAUUCCCAAAACCGGGAGGGACGUCUUUUUUUUUGACCCAAAUCACCCCCUAUUGGAAAACCCCCCCAAAAUCCCAAAAACCAUAAAAAAACCCCUUUCCCCGUUUAAAACCCCGGAUUUCAAACCUCCCCCUUUAAAAGGUCUUAAAAGGGGGGAAAAAACAAACCCCUUUUGUUUAUUCUCCCUAAAAAACACCAGACAUAAAGGGCCGUGUUUUUUUUUGCCCCCACCCUUUCCCCUCCCAACAACACCCUAAAGGAGAUAUUGUACCCCCCAAAUAUCACCCUUUCCCCCCAUAUAGACCCCCCGGGCCCCCUGGUCAAAGUAGGGGAAACUAAAAAAGGGAAUAGGGUCUUUUUUUGGUACCCCAUAGAAAAAAGGAGAGACAUAUUUGGGGGAUACUCCCCGAAGGGGAAAUGUUGUUUAGCCCUGAUUGGCUUCUUUUACUUUCCUGAAUUUUUUUUUUUUAUUUUUCGGGGAGAAAAACUUCCCUCGGUAGAUUUUUUGGCCCUUUUGGGAAAACAGACCCAAAGGAAAUCAGUUUUCCCCUUCUCACAUCCUUAUUGUAAUCAGUGGGGGGCUAAAGGUGAAAAUGACCUUUGAUCAGUGUCUGGGGGAAAUCUUCAAACAGGGAUCUGAGAUUUUCCUGGAAUAUGGGGCCCCCUUAAAUCAAACCAACGGGUUAAUAAACACUGUAUAAAACACUGUUCAACCUAAAUCAACUUUUUCCCAAACACUGUAUAAAACUCGUAUAAACCCGGUACCCAAACACUGUAUCAACACUCUAUCAACACUGUAGCAACACUGAUAAACCUUUGAAACAACACUUUCAAAAACUGAAACAACGCUGUAGAAAAAACGGUAUCAAAAACUGAAUAAACCCUGACCCCCCUGUAGCACACUGUAAAAACACUUUUAGCAACACUGUUCACCACUGUAGCAACACUUUUGAAACCCAUGUAUCAACACUGUAUCCCCCCCUGAGCAACACUGUUCCCCCCACUGAAAGCAAAAACUGUAGAAAACACUGAAAUAAACACAAAAAGAACAUGUAUCAACACUUAUCAACACUGUAUAAACCCGUAGCAAAACGUAUCACCACUGUAAAACACUGAAACCAACCCUGAAUAAACCUGUACAACACUUAAACGCAAAACCCAACCCUGUAUAAAAACCACUGUAUCAAAAACCUGUACCCAACACUGUUAAACACAUAAAACACUGUAAAAUCAAACUGUAUAAACCAACUGUAGCAAAACCUGUAGCAUGCGGGUGGGGCAAAACUGUAAAAACACUGUAAAACCACUGUACAGCACCCCAAGCCACGGGGGUUUUUUUUUUUCGGGGGCGGUUGUGUUACUUUGAUUGCCCAAAGGAAAGUAAAACCUUUUUUUAAAAAAAGCCCUUUUAUAUAAUAAGACGAAUAUUUUCUUUUUGAAAAAGGGGGGGCCCUACAGAAAAAGAAGUAUGAGAGGGGCUCUGCCACCAACUACAUCACACGGAACAAAGCCCGCAAGAAGCUGCAGCUGAGCCUGGCAGAUUUCAGACGCCUGUGCAUUCUGAAGGCAUCUACCCUCAUGAGCCCAAGCACAAGAAGAAGGUGAACAAGGGUUCCACGGGCCCCCCCGUACAUUCUACCUGCUCAAAGACAUCCGGUUCCUCCUGCACGAGCCCAUCGUUCGAAAGUUUAGAGAGUACAAGGUGUUUGUGCGCAAACUGAGGAAGGCAUAUGGAAAGGCAGAAUGGACCGGGGUGGAGAGACUGAGAGAUAACAAGCCUGGCUACAAACUGGACCACAUCAUCAAGGAGAGGUACCCCACUUUCAUCGAUGCCCUCCGUGACAUCGACGACGCCCUCUCCAUGUGCUUCCUGUUCUCCACCUUUGCCCGCACGGGGAAGUGCAACGUCCAGACCAUCACGCUAUGCCGACGCCUCACUGUGGAGUGGAUGAACUACAUAGUCACAUCUCGCUCUCAGGAAGGUUUUCCUCUCCAUCAAGGGGAUUUACUAUCAGGCAGAGGUCCUUGGACAGCUCAUCACCUGGCUCGUGCCCUACCAGUUUGCCCAUGACCACCCGACAGAUGUGGACUACAGAGUAAUGGCCACCUUCACAGAGAUGUACACUACCCUCUUUGGCUUCAUUAACUUCCGCCUCUACCAGACCCUCAACCUGGUCUACCCGCCCAAGCUGGACAGCAAAGCUGAGUCGGAGCUGAAGGCAGAGCACGAGGAGGACUACGCUAUGGACUCAGAGAGCUACUUGGAGAAACUGUCAGCCCUGAGUGCCAGCCUGGCACGGGUGGUCGCCACCGCAGAGGAGGAGGAGAACCAGCUGGACCAGUUCCCUACCGAGGGGGAGGACCUGGAGAAUAUGGAGGCCAGAGAGAAGGUGCAGAAAGAGCAGGAGGCCCAGAAAAGGCUUUUUGAGGGGCUCAAGUUCUUCCUGAACAGGGAAGUUCCAAGAGAGUCACUGGCUUUUAUCCUGAGGUGUUUUGGUGCUGAGGUGUCCUGGGACAAGUCCCUCUGCAUUGGUGGCACCUACGAAGUGACCGACGAGACAAUCACCCAUCAGAUUGUGGACAGGCCUGACCUGGACAAGCAGUACAUCAACAGGUACUACAUCCAGCCCCAGUGGGUGUUUGACUCAGUCAACGCCAAGAUGCGCCUGCCCGUUGAGGACUACUUCCUGGGGACGACGCUGCCGCCCCACCUCUCGCCCUUCGUGGAGGAGAAGGACGGCGGACUACGUGCCCCCGGAGAAGUUAAAGCUCAUGGCCCUGCAGCGCGGCGAGAAGCCCGUACAAGAUGAGGAGGAGGAGGAAGAAGAGGAUGAUGAUGAUGAGGAGGAAGAGGAAGAAGAGGGUGAUGACGAUGUGGACGAAGAAGAGUUGACCGAGGAGAAGAAUCUGAAGAAGAUGGAGAAUAAGCGAGCCGAGGGCAAGACUUUGGGAGUGAAGGUGACCCCCGGCAAAGUGAAACCCUGGGAAACUGGUUCCGUGGGGAACAAGGUGCGCCUUGAGCAGGAGGAGAAGGCAGAGGAGAAGCGUCUGGCCAUCAUGAUGAUAAGAAGAAGGGAGAACGUACCUGUACGACAAGAUCAUGUUUGGCAAGAAGAGGACGACCCGAGAGCAAACAAACUGA